AGUUAGAGCACGUUGUUAGUGCCUAUACCCUUAGUUGUUCCUCUCCUUGUGGUAACCCAACGCCACAAGGCGACCAUAAACCAUGCCACACACCAUGCAAGCGGCACACCACAUCUGUGCACCGCUGUUGACAAUUGCACAGCAGUAUGUCGAUCGGGCUGUGUUUAUUGACGAAGACACAGGAUUGCCAGGACCGUCGUCAAUCCGCUCGGCGACCGGCUUGCAGCUACUUCAUCGCGUCGCCCUACUCAGCCGCGCGCUGUCGACAUGCCUCUCCGUUGCAGCUGGAAGCGUAAUUGUCAUUGUAUCACAAACAUCAGGAGCGAUGAUGGAGUCUUUGCUAGCGGCACUGGACGCGGGCUGCAUCGUUUGCCCCGUCAAUUGGCGAUGGACCGCGAAAGAGCUAGCUGAGGCCCUGGAACGCCUUUCACCCGCUGCCAUCAUGUACGACAGCUUCUGCGCUGCUCUCACACAGGAGGCCUUUGCCGCUGCUUACGUCCGCAAGGUCGCUGGCAAUGCCAUGUCAACACCAUCAGCUCCUGCUUUGUGUCACAUUGACCACUGGCAAAGCCCAAGCUGCCAGUUCCAACAACCGUGGCCCCUGCACACCCAUCCCUCCAGCUGCUACCACAGCAGCACCAUUGCCUACAGCUCAAACCACCUCCUCCCUCAGCCACACCUCAACCCCACCGCAUCCCCACCUCCAACCACCACCACCACCGCUCUCCUCCUCGCAUCCUCAACCCCACUCCCUCCCGUACCCCCUCCCCUCCAACUCCUCACCCCUCCCUGCUGCACCGCCCUCCUCGUCUUCACCUCCGGAACCACCGCGGCGCCCAAGGGCGUGCAGCUAAGCCACGCCGCCUUCCACGCCCAAUCCCUGGUCAAACUCGCCCUCGUGGGUUACUCCCACGCCGACACCUACCUCCACCUCGCGCCACUCUUCCACAUCGGCGGCCUCUCAUCCGCCUUCGCAGCCCUCACGGCGGGCGCCGUACACGUCUUCAUGCGCAGGUUCGAUCCGGCGGCGGCGCUGGGGGCCAUUGUACGGCAUCGCGUGACGGCGUUCAUUGCCGUACCCACCAUGCUGCAAGACCUGGCUGCUGCAGCGGCGGAGGCGGCGGUGGCGGAGGUGGUGGCGGAGGCCGGGGGUUCCGUGACGGGAGUGACAGCAGCGGCGGGGGCGAAGGAGGGAUUGCGGCUGUCGGCGGGGUGUUUGGACUGUGUGUCCAAGAUUCUGGUCGGUGCCGGCGGUACCUCGCACGUAUUGCAGGAGGCCGUUGCUCGCACCUUUCCCCGCGCCGACCUCACCUCCGCAUACGGCAUGACAGAGGCCUGCUCCUCCAUGACCUUCGCACACCUCCGUCGCGCCGGUUCAUCUUCCGCCGCCUCCACCGCCACUGCCACAGCUGCCAGUGCUGCCAGUGCGGCCCCCACAUCGGCCUCCCUCCCCGGUCAGCACCCCUCGACUGCGCAGCUAGGCCGUCGCCCAGUGUGUUUUGCCCCACCGGGAGCAGUGUUUGUGGGCUGGCCGGCCCCGGGGGUGCAAAUCCGGAUCGGCAGAUCGACACCAGGGGACGCAUCAGAUGCACCAGCUGCAUCAGCCCGGGAGCGAAGCAGUGCCGCCGGGGAGGAGAAAGACGGCGAGGGGGUUGCAACAGGGUUACGCAGCAUGGGCGGUGGCGUUGAGGGCUGCCGGGAUGUGUCGUACGAGGUUGGUGAGGUGCAGACCCGUGGGCCGCAUGUGAUGCUGGGCUACUGGCGCGACACGCAGGCGACCGCAGAGGCUCUGCUGCCCGGUGGCUGGUUGCGCACUGGCGACCUGGGCUGGCUAGCAGGCGAGGGGGGGCUGUGGCUGAUGGGGCGAGCCAAGGACGUGAUAAAGAGCGGCGGGGAGAACGUGUUCGCACCGCAGGUGGAGACGGUGCUGCUCAGCCACCCGGCGGUGGCGGCUGCGGCGGUGGUGGGGUUGCCGGAGGAGCGGCUGGGGGAGCAGGUAUCCGCACUGCUCGUCCUGCGGGACGGCUGGGACUUCGACGGCCCGCUGCUGCUGCUGCCACCGCACGCCCACCCACCACCUCACCCCGUUGCCUCCAGCUGCAACGACCGCAGCAGUGUCAUCGGUAACAGCAGCAACUGCAGUAGCACUGUGAACAACGCUGACAGCAGCUCGGCCCAGCACUCCCACCCGCAGCACCCCCACCCGCAGCCGCCGCAGCCCCAGCCGCAGCCCCAGUCCCCCCACUGCUGCCGCCGCACCAGCCUGGCGGACCUGCAGUCGCACUGCCGCGCCCAGGGCCUGGCGGGGUUCCGGUUGCCGCGGUUCGCAGCGGCGCAGCGCGGCCCGCUACCGGUGAACGGCUCGGGAAAGGUGCAGAAGCCGGUGGUACGGGAGCUGCUGGCGGUGGCUCGGGCUCAGUGGGAGCAGGGGCAGGUGCGGCAGAGGCAAGUGCGGCAGCAGGGGAGGGAGCAGCAGCAGCAGGAACAGUCGGGGAUGGAAGGUGAUGCUGGGUUGAGGAGUGGAGAGGAAGGGCUCGGUGGGGCUGUUCGGAGCAGGCUGUGAGUGGGAACCCGGUAUGGUGUUGGGGUGGUAAGCUGCGGGCUGAUGGAAAGCUGGCGGUUGGCGGUUGAGACCUGCAUGAGCAUCCGUAUGAGCACACCGGCUGGGAGAUGUACGGUAGGCAGGAAGAGGAGCAUCAUGCAGAGGCAGGCAGACGCACGGAUGGACCUAGACGCCAUGUAUGUGUAUGCGUGUUUCCGCGUUUUACAAGCUUUUGUUACAAGAGCGCACAUGGACCGUAGCCUCCAAGCACCUGCGUUGCCGCUCCCCGAUGG